CAGCGUAUCCCGCUGGGAUUUACCGCUCCCGGUCUAAGUUUCCGUUACGAAAAAUUCGCGGAAAGCAUUCGAAAUUCGAAUCGAAAAUGGAAUGAGCCGCCGUGUUUUGUUUUUUAUUGACUGUCAUCAUGCUUGAAGCGGGGUUGGUCGAGACAUGGAUACAACGUGACUUUAAAGAGAUUGAGGUUGAUUUUAAUGGAAUUGAACUGUAAGUGUUUGUGAUGGCGUUGAAGAGACUUGUUAUCUGGGCGGUCUGGCUGGCGUUGCCAUUGGCAACGGGCCAUCUCAACGUGCUCAUCAGCCAGGCUGAAGUGAUGAAAUUGCUUGGUCUCGACGCAGAGCUGUACUACGUGCGAGAAGGCGUGGUAAAUACCUACGCGACAGGUUUCAUCGUCCCUGUGCCAGCGCAUAUAGCGGACUUGGAGUUUAUGUGGCAGUCUUUGGGUAGAAAACCGCUACCGUACAUCAUGGACAUAGACUACGAGAGCCGAGGAGCGAUGUUGCCGCCGCAAGUCAACAUCUCUGAGAGGGGGCUGGUUCCUACCAAGUUGCAAGCUUUCAGGGUGCGUCUGCCAUGCACCGGCAGCAGAAGCGCUGAGAUCCUGGUGACCAUGCAACUGAACAUCUCAGCCCCUGAUCGCGCCCACAAAGAUGUGCGACUUCUGUUUAAGAGGAACAAGAUCUGUUUGAAAGGUCUUUCAACAGUAGUCACCCACAACGAAACAGCGAUGCUGGCCGGCGAUGCCACCCGCAGUUCCAGUGGCGUAGCUUUUGCGGCCGGUGGCUGCGCGGCGGCAGCACUGGCGCUGUUGGCUGCGGCGGCUGCAGCGGGUACUCUUUAUAGAAGAGGCGGGAAGGCGCGACAUCAUGAUUCUAUACAUACAUCGUACACCACAGCAGCCUACGGCAGCCACCAGAACGUACUGCUGCGAUUGGACACCCUCGGCAGACCACCAAGCUCUACUGGUUCUUAUGCUACUAUAGCCAGCUUACAUAAAUUCCCGUUUGGCAGCAGAAGAUCCCCCUCGCCAUACGCCACGACCCACAUCGGCGAACACGUGUACGCGAAGCCAGAGUCCCGAGUGUCUUACUACGCAGCCUCAAAUCUCACGCACGUCUCGCAGAACACAAUAACGAAGGAUCGCAUCACAGACCCAGCAGAGCAGCUUCGCAUUCUGACAACUCCUCGAUCCAACAUUCGUCUUGAGAUCCUGGUGCAGGAGGGGACGUUCGGACGAGUCUACAAGGGGGUGUACAAACGAGGAGACACGUAUGAAGAGGUCUUGGUUAAAACGGUGACAGAAGCAGCAUCAGCCAUGCAAGCAGCCCUGCUUGUCGCUGAAGGCUUAAGGCUGUGUGGUCUUGUCCACAAUAACGUGCUAGCACCAAUGGCAGCCUGUGCUGAAGAAGCAAGGAAACCACUUCUAGUAUAUUGCUGCGCUUCUCACUCUUCUAAUCUUAAAAGGUUCCUAACAUCAUGUCGCCUGGGCCACCAAACAGCACCAGCGACGAGGGAGCUAGUGGAGCUCGGUGCACAAGUUGCUUGCGGCUUGUCUUACUUACACGUCCAACGUUUUAUACACGCUGACGUCGCUGCGAGGAACUGCGUGGUGGAUGAGAAAUUGAGACUGAAAGUCACCGAUAAUGGUCUAUCCAGAGAUCUAUUCCCUGAUGACUACCACUGUCUUGGUGAUAACGAGAACAGGCCAGUGAAAUGGAUGGCACCAGAAUCUCUUCUGCAGAAUCAGUACACAACUGCUUCUGAUGUGUGGGCGUUAGGGAUAACGCUAUGGGAGCUGGCGACACUUGGGGCUUCUCCGUUAGCUGAAUUGGAUGCUGCUGAUGUUGGAGCAUUCCUCAGUGGAGGCUAUCGUCCAUCUCAGCCACAUAACUGUCCGGAUGAACUGUAUGGCCUAAUGUCCUGGUGUUGGACAACUUCUGCAGCAGCACGACCGACCGCACCUCAGCUUUUGGCGGCCCUUCAUGACUUCAGACAAGCACUUAGCACGUAUAUCUAAAUUGUGUUGAUUCAGGACCUUUCUUACCAAUUUUUAGUUUGAUCAUGUCACAACUUUACUAAGUUACAAAUUGCAAUUCCUAUUUUAGAAUAUGCUUUGAAAGUUUUCCUUUACCCGAAACUUUUGGAAUUUCAAAGUCAAUUGAAAUAACCACUCGGCACUAUUUUUCGUAUACUUACUAAACCCAAAGUGCCUGCCAAAGAAUCAUAAAACCGACUAAGUAGAUGGAACAUAAAAUAAAACGUUAGGUAAAACCAAAGAUGUAAUGUCGAAUGGCGUAGCGCUUGAAUUGAUGUAGGAUAAAGUAAGGAAAUGCAAAACGGUGAUAUAUUUUUAAUUAAAUCAUAAGACCUAUUAUGAGUAUACUUUAAUACCUACUUAAUUAUUUUUCUUGAAAUGAAGCUAGUUAGACUGUAGUCGUAGUAAGAAACAUUGCAGCAGCAGCAGCCUAUAUAAUCAAAGCAAUUAAAUGUCCCCAAAGACGGUUACCAAAAAUAAGGCAUAAUUUUAAGAUAACGUAUUAUAUUUAUUACUAGAUAAAGAAAUAUAAAAUAAUUAAGUUAUAAUUAUUAUCUGAGUUAGGUUGGACGAAUGUGUAGGAUAAAUUUGGUCAAGUAACAUUAAUGACUUUUUCUUAUGUUUCGACUAACUAUUCCUCUCAGUUUUAUAAUACCAGUGUUAAACUCAAUGCUCAAAAUAGGCGAUUUGUUUUGUAAACAUCCUGCAAUUAGUUAUUUUGUUAUUGUUAAUUUGUUAUACAUGAUAAUUUUACACUUGUUUAAUGAUUGCAUAUUUUUACACGUUUGCAAAAUUUGGACCAAUAUCGCCCAACCUCUUGUGUACAUACGGAAUCGAUGCAAAAGGAAUUUAAUUUUGAUAAAUGGAGCCGAUGGCUUUGAUUAAUUUAAAUGCGAUAUUAAUCGUUUAGAUAAUAAUUAUUAGAUUAGAGUUCCUGAGGACAUAAAAGUCCGUCCAGGCACAAAAAGGAUACAACACCAAAGCAGUAGUUAGUCGUGAUAUGGUUGACGGAAUGGUUUCGAAGAAUCUAAAAAAGUAGACAAACAGCGAGAACAAAAAGAGUGUGUCAUUGAUGUAACAAAUAUUAGGGAGUACUAAUUGGUGAAAUGAUUCCUCAAAACCAUUGAUCGUGCAACAUUCAUGAUAAGAAGAUGUCUAUUAAACCACAAUUACUCAUAGAAAAUAUAUAAAUGUACUAUUCAAUAUUUACUAGUAAUUAAAAAUGGAAACCUACAAUAUUCAGAUAAUUAUACAAAUUGUGUAAAUAUAUGUCAGAAUUCUGAAACCAUCGUAAUAGUAAAUAGUACUUAAAUUGAGGCUAGAAAUAAAGUUUAUUAACAAUUUCAAAUCGGUGUCGUCAUUCAUGGUUAAAAUACGUGUAUUACAAAGUGAGAUUUAACUAUAGAUAGAUUAACCAAUUAAUUUUCCGUAGCAUUGUCUUGUUUGUUGUUGGUCAAUUCUGUUUUCUUUAUCAGUUUACUAACUUACGACUUUUAUAUUUUCUACACUAUGAUUGUUGACUAUGUUAUCAGUAUUUAAGCUACCUCAACCAUAGCUUGCUUGCUGUUUCUUCUUAAGACCCUAUAUGCUUGUUACUUAACAUUUUAACUGCUAUCUUUAUUGUGGUCCUUCGGUCUCAAAACUGGUGCAAAAAUUUCAUGCAGAUUUCAAUCAAAAAUCUUUUAACCUUAAUCAUCUUUUCGUAUACUUUGAGAAAAUUUUAUCUACUAUGUCCAAUGUCCUUGACAUAAUUAUAUAUGUAUAUGCUAUGAAUACUUGUAUCUAAACAUGUUAUGGAUCAAACAGGGUCUUUAACUCUUAGGCAUUAUACGUGUUUCUUAAUUUUAAUGUGUUGCGCUUUCUACUAAUAAUUCUUAGCUUGAUGUUAACUUUUCUAUCGUAAAAUCGGUGUUCUUGUAAGAUUCUAGGAGUAAGCAGCACCCUAAAUAAAAUAUUAGAAUAUAAUGAUUGCGCGAUCGGUAUUGAAUAACAUGCGAAUAUAAGCUGAUAUUACUGAUCUUUAUUGACAGGAGACAGCAAAAUAAUAACUGUGACUUAGAUAGAUUUCCCCUUAAAAUCAACCAAUGAAAUUUUGAAUCAAAAAUCUUUUUAGUCUAAAACUUGUAUGGCUAGGUACUCUUCAAAUUUUUGACACUAUCUGAAACCUUUCGCGGCGAAUGAUCGUCUCUGUGACAGUUCCUCGAAUUGUAAAAAUGUUUUUACCAAAUUUCUAAAGUUUAAAAAUUACAUCCAUCCAUCUAUUCUUGCGUUAUCGCGACUCAUGGGAGCCUGGGAUCUGCUAAAAAAUCCAUAAUAAUAUGAAAAUUAUUGUUAGUGUAGGUACAUUUUUAUACGUAAGUAACUCUUUUUCCAUAUAAAAGGACUGUCAAAGGGACUAUUAUUGGAUGCACCAGAUAAUAUAUGGUUCGAUCUACCUACUUGUAAAUUGUAUAGAUAAUAAAUUGCGUCAUUUCGUAUAAUGACUGAGUGCCAGAUGAAUGUGAUUGUAUGUUACAUGUUGAACUGUAUUUAAAUUAUAAUAUAAGUAACUGUUUAUAGUGGUAAAUGGAUGUAUUGUAAUCAAUAUGGCUUCAAUGGCGAAUGAAACGAAAUAAAGGUUAUUUUGUAUUAUA